AUGUUCGCUGACUCCAAUACGCCACUAGGAAAGUCCUCUUCUAGUGACUUCCAGCAGCCCACUAGUUCAAUGGGUCGGAUACUCUACGAUAUCCCAUGUAAAGUGUGCAAAGAUCACUCUUCUGGAAAGCACUACGGAAUAUAUGCCUGUGAUGGGUGUGCUGGAUUUUUCAAGAGAUCGAUCCGUCGAAACAGGCAAUAUACCUGUAAGUCAAAAAAUGGUCAAGAUUCGAGCUGUAGAGUGGAUAAGCCUCAUCGAAAUCAAUGUCGUGCCUGUCGGCUUAAAAAGUGCUUGGAAGCUGGAAUGAACCGUGAUUCCGUUCAACACGAACGAGGUCCCAGAAAUUCAACCCUCAGAAGACAAGUUGUCAUGAUGCUUCAAGAUCAACUGCCUUCGAAGCAGGCUCGAGAAUCAGAACCAGGCAUUGCAAAUCGUAGCCGUAACUUUGAGGCCUAUAGUGCACGCUCGGCAAUUCCAAUGCCCUUUCAAUCUCCCCAGACGUCCCAGAUCCAUCCAAAUGCACCUUUUCCAUCUUCCAAUAACAAUCCCUUCUUUCCUGACUGGCUCUUCCCCAGACGUUUUUACAACUUCGGUUCGAGUGUACCACCGCUAUCAGCUCCUGGGGCAGACACUUGGGAGCUUUUACUAAAAGCAAGCCAACCAAUUUCUCUUCCAAUCCUCCAGCAACGUCAAGCACCAUCAUACCCCAAAUCAUCAACACAGAAGAUGGAUGAUGAGAGAUCGAUUGUAACCACCACGUCACCGGAGUCUCCGAAAUCACAGUCAACACCCACGAUGUCCAAAGCUGAAGCUUUUGGCAUUGACAACCUGCUGAAUGGUUCUUCACAGACUAAAUCUCAGGAAAUUCAAAAAGAAAUAGAAAGAAUAAGGGAGGAAGAAGAAACGGAGACUGUGUCCGCCCCACAACCAUCACAACCUCAUAUGGCUACCAAGCCAACAGACGAAACGGCUGUUUUCGUCAACCGAAUUCUUCUUUCAAUCAUGACCUGGAUCUCAAUUACGCGACCGGAUCGAAAGCUACUGCACGAAAUCCUUCAGCCCGUUAAUGGACCCCCAAUAUUUCCAGCGGCAUUCCAAUUAACUCCUCCAGAAAUAGCCAGUCUUCUCAAAUCCUCCUGGCCCAGAAUAUUCCUCCUUGAAACUGUGGAAUGCUUUCUACAAGACGACGAUAUUGGCAAGUUCAGCAGUUUCCUUGCCACAUUGAGCCGUUUCAGCACUAAUUCAGGUUCAACUAAGGCAGUUGAAAUGGUUGAAUCAUUCGUCAAAGUUAUUAUUGAAAAUCGACCAUCCUCAAGUGAAAUCAAUCUGCUUAAAACCUUAUCUCUGUUCUCUUUUAGAGAAAAUUUUGGAAAACAAGUUUCUAAUGAUCGUCUUUCAUCAUUACGAAGUAUGCUCCACCAGAGUCUUCCAUCUUACAUCCAAUCAUGUAUUCCAGGAACAUUGGAAAGGAAAAAUGUGUUUCUGCAGUGCUUCAGUGUUGUAGAAAGCCUUCCUGAAGUUGCUUGCUAUCUAAUUCGAGGAGCUUUGCAGAAAAUAUAUGGAUUUUCUGAAGAUAAUCUGGAACAAAUGAUUGAAAGAAUGACCUUUGCCUCUCUCGAAGCUGCCAACCAUGCAGCAACAAAACUCCACUAA